UUGAGAGGCUUUUGAAGGCUGCGUCCUGAAUGAAGGCCGUGUAGGAGGUGAGGGAGGGCGCAGAGGCAGAUUAGGGCUCGUAAAGGUGACGUCACCUGGCAGCCAGAGUGUGUGUGUGUGUGAGUGUGUGUGUGAGUGUGAGUGUCAGGUGCUUCAGUUGGAGGUGAGGCUUCAUCCCUGCAGUGACAGGAUCAGUGUGUGAUGAGUGUUUAGACGGGAAAAGAGAAAAACUAAGUGAAGAUGUAUGUGAGUUACCUGUUGGAUAAGGAGAGCGGGAUGUACCCCAACACCGUGCGACACCCGAGCCUCAACCUCAACCCUCAGAACUUCGUCCCCGCCGCUCCUCAGUACACGGAUUUUACCGGAUACCACCAUCAUCAUCACCAUCAUCACGUCCCCGGCUUUAACGACGCAAACCAGACGAGUUCUGCGUAUCCUCCUCCUGCUCCUCCUGCUCCCGCUCCGACUCGGGAUGACUGGACCCCUUACGGCCCCUCGGCCGCCCCGAACCCGUCCUCCAACCCGGGACAGAUCGGCUUCGGGCCGCCCGACUUCCCUCCGUCCAACCUGCAGCCUUCAGCUCUUCUUCAUCCCUCCAUCAGCUCUUCAUCAGCAGUCGCUCCACUGUCGCCCAGCGAGCAGCGCAGGAACCCGUACGAGUGGAUGCGCCGCAGCGCCGCGCCGCCCUCCAACCCGGGAGGAAAGACCAGGACGAAGGAUAAGUACCGGGUGGUGUACACGGAUCAUCAGCGUCUGGAGCUGGAGAAGGAAUUCCACUACAGCCGCUACAUCACCAUCAGGAGGAAGGCGGAGCUUGCCACGGCCCUCAGCCUAUCAGAGAGACAGGUGAAAAUUUGGUUUCAGAACCGACGUGCCAAAGAGAGAAAAAUUAACAAAAAGAAACUGCAGCAGCCGCAGGCGUCCACCACGACGCCGACUCCUCCGAGCUCCAACAUCACGAGCAGCAGCGCAGGGCUGGUGUCGUCCUCCAUGCCCAUGACCAUUAAAGAAGAGUACUGAGAGAAAAGAAGCAACCGUACACAAUAACAAUAAUAUUCAACAUAUUCACACAACUUUCACUUUCUGAGUCAUUCUGGACACCGAAAAACUCCAAAGGACAUUUUCAUGCUUUAUAAAAGUGCUUUUAAAGAGGAAAACUAUUACUAUUCAUAAACCAGGUCUUCGGUCGUGUUUCUUUCUACUGUUAAUAAUAUGUUUGGUUUGCUCUUUCCAUAGUCUGAAUAUUUGUAAAUGCUUUUGAUUCAAAUGUUAGAAAGCUAAUAAGUGUAUAUUUUAAACCUAAUUUGUAUUAAAA